UGACGUACAUUUUUUCAUGCAUUUUCGUAAUAUUUCCAGAAAUUCUUUUAAAGAUUCCAAAAGUGUGAAAAUUUAAAAAACAAAUUAGUGAAUAAAAAGAUAGUGACAAAGGAAGAAAUUAUUUAUUGUUAAACAUAACCUCAGUGAAUUUUAUUGUGCUCGUUUUUUUGUUUAUAAAAAAAAAACUAAUUCGUCAAAUAUGAAUGAAACAAUAUUUACACGAGUGAAAAUUAAUAUGAAAUCAAAGUAUUUUACGUUUAAUGAAUCCUGGUUGAGAGAAUGUGUUCAAUAUUGUUUAAAAACUCAUCCAAAAAUACCAAUUGAAGAAAUUCAAUCAUUUGCUAUUGAACAAUGGCUUUUAGGCGAUUUACGUGAAAUUAACAACGAAAAUGGAUGUUUACCAAAGAAUCUUUCUGCAGAAAAAUCAACAAUACUCAAUGAUUGUUAUAUUCUUCAGAUAGAAAAGAUGUACGAUAUUUCAACAUCAAAAUACAAACAAUUGAAUAAAAUUCGAAAUAUUAACGUUGAAAAUAUAAAAGCAACGAAAGAAAAUGAAAAAAAUGAAAUUUUCCAACCAAAAGGAAAAAGGAUGUAUCAAUUAUAUCUUAGCGAUGGUUUACAAGAAAUUCAAGCAAUUGAAUACAAGUCUAUCGAUCUUUUUAACGAUACAUUAUUGCCGGGCAAUAAAUUAAAAAUCAUUGGACCAAUAACAUGUAGACGUGGAAUAAUUUUACUUGAGAAAAAAAAUAUUGUCAUUCUCGGUGGCGAAGUUGAAGAUUUAUUAAUCGUGAAUUCUGUGGAAAAUGUUUUGGCUCGAUUUCUGAAUUGGCAAGAAAAUCCAGAUCCAUACAACGAUGUAAAAAAAGAAAAAGAAUGUGAAAAAAUGGAACUCGAGGAAGAAUAUUUAAAUGAUUUAGUACAAUUGGUACGAUCUCAAGACAGUAAAGAUAAAGAAAUUUCAAAUUCACUUCAAAAUAUUUCAACUAUUAAUCGUCAGUCCGUGAGUAAAUUAAAUUACGAAAAAAAUUUAAUUUCUCAAGAUAAAUAUUCCUUCGACGAUGAAUUAGAAACACUAUUAAAUGAUCCCGAUUUACUUCAUGAAUUUCCAUCAAUGACAAAUGAAAAUUUUCCAAUUCCCAACGAAACUUGUAAAAUAAAUCCACAAAUAUUAAAAUUGGAAAACUUAUCCAAUAAUCGUCAAUGUGAAAAUAAUUCUUUAUCAAUUACAAAAAUUUAUAAAAACAAUAUUAGCGAAUUGAAAAAUCAAAAUUUUGAGGAAAAAAAUUCCAAUUCUGUAAAUUUAUUGAAAUCAUGGAAUAUUGAGGAAUCGAAAAUAUUCCAAAAUGCUAAAACAAAAAAUGAAGAAGAAAAAAAUGUAAAAUUUAUCGAAAAUGAGAAAAUAAAGAAUUUGCCAAAUUCACCAAUUUCCAAUGAUUUAAUUUUAAAUGAUAACGAUGUGAUAGUUAUCGAUGACGAUUCGAAUACAAGUGAAUAUUCAAAAUUCUCAAAAUUAAAUUAUCGACAAAACGAUAAUAAUCUAAUUAAUAUUGAUUUUGAUUUGGAAAUUCAAAAAUUCAAAAUUUCUUCCAACAAAGAGGAAAAAUUGACUAAAAAAACAUUUGAUAUUAAUAAUUUGAAUAAAACUUAUGAAAUUGACGAUAAAAGUUCAUCCAAUGAUUCGAUUAAAAAUAAAACUUCAAUAGAUUCCAUUGAAAAUGAUAAAUACAAAAUAUCUCAGAAUGAAAAUAAAUUAUUCGACGAAUUUUCUCAAAACAAAUCAAAUACCAUAAAAAGACCAAAAUCUCUUGGAUUUAAAGGAUUUCUAAACAACAAAACAUCUGAUAUUGAUGAGAAAAAAAUUUCAAAACCAUUUAAACCUCUAUUUCCAAAAUUCAAUUCAAAAAUAAAAAAUUUAGAUAUGGAAAUAAAAAAUACAAAUUCGGAAUUAUUUUCCAAUGAACAAAUAAAUUUGGAAACAAUUACAAAAGAAUCGUCAAAAAAUGAUAAUACAAAAAUUUCAAAUCAUAACCUCGAUAUGCGACUAAAUAAAUUAUUAAAUUUGCCAAGUGACAUGGAAAAAUCACCAACUGGAUCAAAACGAUUGGCGAGUGUGGAUAAUCUUUUAAAUUCACGUGAAAAUAAAACACCUCGAGUUUCAGAAUCGGAGGGAAUUUUUGAAAUCGAAGAAAAAAUGGAAAUAACAAAUAGUGAAGAAUAUCCGAAAAAUUGCGAUUUAAUUUGUGAUUUAAUUGUCAUGACAUUGACGGAUCAAGUUUUAUAUAAAACAAUUAAAGCGCAAGUUAAAGAAAUUGUUAAAUUAACCAACAAAUGUGGCGUUUAUAAAUUAACUGGUGUAAUAACGGAUGGUACUGCAACUUUAAAAGUUAAAUUUUCAUCUCAGUUUAUAGAAAAAAUUAUAGGAAUAUCUGCUCUCAAAUUUUCAACACUGAAGAAACAAGCAAAAACUGAUCCCAAUUUGGAACAUAAAUUAUUACAUAGUUUGCGAAAAGGUCAAGAAAAAUUGGUGAAAACAGAUUGGUUAAUGCAUUUGGCAUUGGUGAAAAAUGAAAAACCAAUUGUUAUGGAAGGUUUUGAAUUAUCUGAAAGUGAAAAAGAAAUUUUUCAGAAAAGAUUGCAAAUUUUAAAAACACGUCAAAUUUAAUGAAAUUUAUUUUUAAAAAAACAAUUGCAAAGAAAUAUUCAUAAUUCUAAUUGAAUUCUAUAUAAAAUCAAUUAGUUAAAAGCUAAUAUAUUUUUUAAUUUUUAAAAUUACUUCUAAAUAAAUUUAAUGAAAACUUUGAAUUUCAGAUGAAAUUAGUUCAAAAUUUUGUAUUUAAUUCCAAUUAAUUCAAGGACUUUUUUAAAAAUCUGGAAAUUGUUCAUUAAAAGGUGAAAUUAAAUAAUUUUAUCAAUUUUAGAAAAUAAAUGUAUUUAAAAAUAAUUUGUUUGUUAUAAAAUACC